UGGUGGAGUUGUUUUCUGUAUAAAAUAGGGGACAAUGUGGGGUUUGCUGGUUGAGCUGGUGAACUUACAUCUUUGUCUAGACCAAAGUACGCCAGAGUCGAACCGGUAGGCAACAUGUAGAGCUUAAAUUCACAUUUUUUCCGUAUUCUUUAGAGUGAUACCAUACGUAUCCACCAAAAAUAUAACCAAACUUAGCGUAAUAACUAAAUGCAGCUGCAUAAUCAACGUGUUAGCCUUAACCACUGAUAACACUACACUCUUCUGCUCAGUAUUAGUUAUUUAGCAUCUAUUGCUCCUCUAACGGCCAGAGCAACACCACCUGACGUAUAUUACCGAACGCACACCACCUCCUAACGUUCACUCUGUGGCAGUACCAGCUCUUCGCCCUGAGUCCUGUCCACAACAAUCAAAGGGCAGUAAAGAGAAAAUCAGACUUUGGACUUUUGGUCAGACAAACAGCUGAUCUAGAGACAUCACCUUUUGCUCUGUCCUUUCAUCAUGGCCCUUGCAGGAGUCAGAGUUAUCGAGCUGGCCGGUUUAGCUCCAGCGCCGUUCUGCGGUAUGAUCCUGGCAGACUUUGGAGCCAAGGUGAUCCGUGUGGAUCGGACAAAGGUGGCUAUGUCUUUGGACACACAAGGGCGGGGGAAACGGUCUGUGGCUAUCAACCUGAAAUCAUCAGAGGGUGUCGCUGUGCUCAGGAAGCUCUGUGUCCAGUCUGACGUGGUCCUUGAGCCGUACCGCAGAGGUGUGAUGGAGAAGCUGGGUCUCGGUCCACACGAGCUGCUAAAGGAAAACCCUCGUCUCAUCUACGCUCGUUUGACUGGGUACGGCCAGAGUGGAUCUUUAGCCAGUGCUGCUGGACAUGACAUCAACUACCUCGCCAUGUCAGGCCUUUUAUCCCGGCUUGGUCGCAGUGAGGAGAAGCCGUACGCACCACUGAACCUGGUGGCAGACUUCGCAGGUGGUGGUCUCACCUGCGCUCUAGGGAUUGUCAUGGCUCUGCUGGAAAGGACAAAAUCAGGGAAAGGACAGAUCAUUGAUGCGAGCAUGGUAGAAGGAGCAGCGUAUGUAGGCUCAUUCGUGUGGAAAUCCUGUAGCAUUGGUAUGUGGGACCGUUCGAGAGGACAAAACCUGUUGGACAGCGGUGCUCCAUUCUACGAUACAUACCAGACUUCAGACGGAAAGUACAUGGCUGUGGGUGCCUUAGAGCCGCAGUUCUACAUGCAGCUACUUCAAGGCUUGGAGCUGGACGCUGGAGAGUUACCCCCUCAGAUGAGCUUCAGCGAUUGGCCGGAACUGAGACGCAUCUUCACAGAGCGUUUUGCCUCAAAAACCCAGGCGGAGUGGUCCGAGAUUUUUGACGGGACCGAUGCUUGCGUUACUCCCGUGUUGUCUUUUGACCAAGUCAGCUCACACCCACAUAACAAGGAAAGGGCGUCUUUCAUAAAGGACUCCAGAGGCACUGAAAGCCCCCGGCCUGCACCGGUUCUCUCUCGGACUCCUGCUGAGCCGUUCCUCGCCUCUGAUCCAGGGACUGGAGAACACACAGCCGAGGUCCUGGAGGAAUAUGGAUUCACAUCAGCUGAGAUAGAACGCAUGCGAGCAGCAGGGGUGGUGGAGUGUAAUGCUGUCAAAGCAAAGCUGUAAAGACAGUUACAGCAUUGAAAAGACAUCAGAUUGAUACUAGUAAUUAAUAUGGAUACAAAAACUAAUCAAGAUCAGCAACACCUUGCUGUUUUAUCUGCCUUUUAAAUGUCUGUUGGUUCUGGAUAGACAUCAAACGAAGGUUUUCUUUUGAUUUAAAGCUAAUUCAAACUGAGAAGCUUAGAAGAAAACGUCAUAAGAGAGCAUGAACACUUCUCCAUCUCCACCAUUUGCAUUGAUUUUCUUAUACCAGACAAUCAUGAUGGACCAUUUUUGUCCGAGAGCAAAGCUUUUUCACUCAGUUAAAUGUGCAAGACUUUUUAUUGGUAACAGUGAGAAGUCAUCUGUUGAGCACCAUGGAUUAUAUGGCUGCAACUUUUGUUAGUCAUCUGAAAAUGGUUAUUGAGUGGAAUACCUGCUGCAUCUUUUCAAGUGCUCUUCCUGCCCUUUAAGUGUGUUACUUUGAAAGAAAAACAAUCUUAGGAAAGCUUGAGACUUCUGCAAGUGUGUUGCAAAAGAUAUUUAUGUCCACAGGUGGAUGAAUCACUGGAACAUAAGGCUAUCUGGUACAGCUUUGUUGUUAUAUGUGAAAAUGAAUGAAUGGUAUUAGUUAUUUUCCAGCAAAGCGUGAUGAGAAGGACCUUCUCGUUCACACACGGCAAAAAUCAAAAACUCAACAGGUGUAUUUUUCCUUUUUUCCAGUCAAAAAGCAUCUCUCCUUUACAUUUGCUACAGCACAUAUGCUCCUGGCAAAUCUUAGUAAACACCUCAUGUCAAGAUAUAAAGAGCAAAAAGUAAUCAUGGAAAGAGGCAGUCUUAUUUAUAGAGCACCAUUCUAUAUCAGUAUGCUGUCCAUGGUUUAGUAUGGACAUGUGAGAGUUUUUUUUUCCUGGUUUUGACUUUAACUACUAUUAAACAGGUCUUUUAACUGGCUUUGUUUGAGUGCAGGGAGUCUGUGUGCUGGGAUGGGGAAACUCAUCUCACCAAGUAAACACGCAAUUCAGGAUCUGUUUUUAGACUAGCCAAGCCCCAAAUGUUUUUUUCUUAAAGUCCUGCCCUUCCCAAACACCUUGAUAGCGAGCUUUACCAGAUGAAUGUGAAAUAUCCAUGCAAUGGAUAUAUGAAACAGUCUAUAGCCUGUCAGGUUAGGGGCAGCUGUUGAAUCAAGCUGUCUAGUGAUGUUGCCUAACCUGACAUGCCAGGACUGUUUUAUAUCUCCAUUGCAUAGAUAUAUUUCACAUUCAUCUGGGAAAGCUCCCAUAGAAAGCGUUUAGGAAGGGCAGGACUUUUUCAAAAAAUUCUCAGAAGGUGAUUGGAGGAACGUUUUGUCUGUGACAUUUGUGAUGAGCCAAUCAGAGCAACAAGACAAGAUGACGUUCCGGUACUCUUGAGCUGACAGCCCACCGCUGCUGCAGAUUGUUAAUGGCAGAACUUCUCAGUGGAUAAAAUUGAUGCCAAGACUGGUUGAAAGACGUCCAAAAAUAUCUUCUCUGCCAAAAAUAUCUUCUCUGCCAAGACAAGCUUUCAGAGUGGCUGUUUGCUUUUGUUUUUGAAAUAAAUUCAGUUCAGAUUAAACUGCCACUUUGCCACAGUUUCAUCCAAGCUAACAGCUACUGCAGCAGCAGCCAUUGGAUACACCAGCAGACCCCACCCAUAACGAUUGCAAACCUAUGCGAAACAGAGAGGAGAAGAGGGAAAACAUCUUUUUUUUUUUGUCAUAAAAAGCUUUCAGUGUUGCCCUCUGACCUUGUUUUACUAAAGACAUAUUGUCCUGUUCUGACAAAACUGCUGCUGUGACUGAGUCUGAGCUAAUCACUCCACCAUGUCUUUUACACUUACAUGUUAUUUAUACUGUACUGAUGCAUUGGAAAAUGGAGACAAUGGAAAAUAAUUAUUAUUUUUUGUGUUUUUCUUUAGUAAAAAAAAUGAAAUAUUUCAAAUAAUUAAACUGUCAUUUAAAGGGUUAAAAUCCCAAAAAUGAUUGAAUGUUUAGGAGUUUUGAGCAAGAUUGAAGCUUCUUAAGUGAUUUCUAGGAAAAAAAAACAUAAAAAAUAUUGAUCUAUGAUGAUUUAUCAGCAGUUUGUGUUCGUGUACAUUCCUUGCCUUAAUGGUGUCCAGAGGGUGCCUAAUUUUAAAUCUGAUACACAAUAAAAAUGCUAAUGCAUCAAAUUAGUUUUGUUGCUAAUCUUUGGCAUAGCUGAGAUUCUUAUCACUACUGAAGCCCCAUCCCCCUACUAUUAUAAUAUGAGAAAUAAUUAAUAUUUUGUGUUUCUUGUAUAACUAUAUAAGUAUUAUACACUUAAAAAUUCAACUUUUGGGAAGACGGCAGUAAAAGAAAUGUUCUGUGGCUGGUUUUAAAGAGCUAACAGAUGUAGAAAGCCUUAGCUUCUCUGCUAGUGUGUUCCACAGGAGUUCAGCAGAAACUAAAAGCUCCCUCAUCCUGUUUAGCUCCAAUUCUGGGAACAUCCAAAUCCCUGUUGCGAGUAAUUAUUAAAAAUAGAUGCCAAUUCAGCCAGAAAAAUGGAGAUGUACUUACCAGUCUCAUUUCCACGCACUCAACAAGUAAGGUUUACUCACUGCUUUGGCCCGUUACUGAAAGCAAUUGAAGUCAUCAAAAAUAAGAUACCAGCAGCAUAAAUGGGUUACAAAAGGGCAGAAAAAAGGUCAAAAGCAGUUAAAAAGUGUCAAAUAUGGGUUAAAAGGGGCAUAAAUGGCUUUAAAAAAUGGUUAUAGGUUGGCAAAAAUGGG